AAGUGUGUGUGAGUAACGUAGUGAUUACCUGAGUUUUUGGGUUCACAAGGUAAUUGGUUCUGACUCAUACGAGACCUGCAGGUGGACUGAUAAAAAGCUGCAGUGCGCAUGUGCACAUUUCAUCCAACUCCUAGUUUACUUUCUAUAUAAAUGGGUAGGAUUCGUGUAGCAGUCAUAGGGGCCGGGGCCGCAGGGCUCUGUGCCGCUCGACACAUCUUGUCUCGGUCUGAGAUUUUUGACCCACCCGUGGUGUACGAAUUGAGUGGGCACGUGGGUGGCACCUGGUUCUAUGAGGAUCGAGUGGGAACCUUAGACAAUGGAUAUCCCAUCCAUAGCAGUAUGUAUAAGAGCCUCAGAACAAAUUUGCCCAAGGAAGUUAUGAUGUUCCCUGAUUUUCCAUUUGAUGAUCACCUGCCUUCUUUUUUGCACCAUACAGCAGUUCAGGAGUAUUUGGAAAAGUACUGUCAGACCCAUGAUAUUGCUCCUCAUAUCAAGUUCAACACCGUGGUGGAAAAGGUGAAGCCCAUCUCCAUGGAGACGGAAACAGGGGGAGCUGUGACGUGGAAGUUAAUUUCGCUAGAUGCAUGUGGGGACCGGAACGCUGAGACGUUCGACUCCGUGUUUGUCUGCAGCGGGCAUUAUUCCGACCCCCACCUGCCCUACAUUUCAGGAAUAGAGCAUUUUAAAGGUAAAGUGAUUCACAGUCACUCAUACCGGUAUCCAGAGCCCUUCGCUAACAAGUCAGUUGUGGUCUUGGGGGCCGGAGCUUCUGGGGUGGAUAUUUCCAUUGAGUUAGCCCAAGUCAAUGCUCAGGUCAUUCUAAGUCAUAACAAACCAUCUCUGGCAUUACCUCUGCAUCUGGCUAUCCAGCAAACUACACCUGUUGUUGAGGUCUCAGAGGAUGGAUCUUCACUUCAGGAUGGAUCAGUGACCCAGGCCGAUGUUCUUCUGCUCUGUACAGGAUACAAUUUUAACUUCCCCUUCCUUUGUCCAUCAGAACUGGGCCUAGAGAUACAGGACCAUGUUAUGACUCCACUCUACAAGUUCUUGCUGCCCCCUGCCUUCCCUUCAAUUUUUUUCAUCGGCAUUUGCAAAAUUAUUUGUCCUUUUGUACACUUCCAUUGUCAGGUUCAGUUCGCUCUUGCCAUUCUUGAAGGGUCCGUGAAGCUGCCCACCCAGAAGGAGAUGGAGAAGAUAACACAGGAAGAGAUGCACAGAAAACAAGAGAAAGGUGUACAGGUGAAGCACCUGCUCCGUAUGGACUCUGAGCAGUGGGGUUAUUACCUGGACCUGGCCAGGACGGGCCGAUUCGAACCACCACAGCCAGUCAUUCAGAGCCUGUAUGAAGAGGUGGCCAAACAGAGGCGAAAACACCCACAAAGAUACAAACAGAUGAACUACAGGCUCAUUGAUGCCACACAGUGGGAGCUUGUGGAACAUCCAUCAGAUCAGGCCGAUGAUGUUUAAAGGGGACAUUUCACAAGGAUUUUUUAAGAUGUGGUGUCCCCUUAUAGUACAUAUGUGAAGUUCUAGCUCAAAAUGUUAUAUAGAUAAUUUAUUAUAGCAUAUUAAAAUUGCCACUUUGUAGGUGUGAGCAAAAAUUUGCCAUUUUGGGUGUGUCCUUUAAAAUGCAACUGAGCUGAUCUCUGCACUAAAUGGCAGUGCCGUGGUUGAGUAGUGCAGAUUAAGGGGUGGUAUUAUCCCCUUCUGACAUCACAGGGGGUGCCAAAUUUCAGUGACCUAUUUGUUCACAUGCUUUGUUCAGAAUGGUUUACCAAAACUAAGUUACUAGGUUGAUCUUUUUCACAUUUUCUAGAUUGAUAGAAGCACUGUGAACCCAAUUAUAGCACUUAAACAUGGAAAAUGUCUGAUUUUCAUGAUAUGUACCCUUUAAGGAUACAUUCAUGAGAUUUACACCAUAUCCAUUUUUUAAGGUGUGCACCUCAUAAAAGGGUGUACUUUUUCAAGGAAGGAAGUCUUGUUUUUAGUGUAAUAUUAAAAUUUAGAAUUUACUUUGAAUUAAUUUAUAUAUAUAUACACUAAAUUUAAUUAUAAACAUUAAAAUAUACAGUGUGUUUUAAAAGUUCAAGACCACUGAGGAAAAUUUAUUUUAUUUCAAACAGUACAAUAGUAUCGAUUUGGCAGAUGCUUUUAUCCAAAGCUAGACAUUUAUUAGUGUACUUCCUGUGAUCAAACACGUGACUUUUGUGUUGCUAACAUGAUGCUCUACUAACUGAGCUACAGGAAUUUGAUUAUUGACAUAAACAUGAAAACUAUUUUAAUAAAUAUUAAUAUUUUUAAUAUAAAAAAAUCAUUUUGUCUUUUAUUUUUUUACUUAAAAACAUAGGUAUAAAUUAUUUAAUUUUUUAAAAAAAUAUU